AUGUCAUGUGCUGUUCUGCUGCGGCAGCGAGUAGCUCAAGCCCGGCUGCAAUUCGGGCAAUGAUUGCUGCGGCGUCCGUGGCGUCCAUGCGGGUCCGAUGUUCACUGUGACUUGGACUGGGAGAGGGAAGAAUCAGUAAAGACUCGCGUCAGAGCUUCCCGCACGGGUUCUGCCCUCCUUCCGUGACAAAUACGAAAGAUGAGGGAGGAGACGUACUGGGAUGGCUCUGGAAGAUAUACAGCGUUCCCUCGAGGUUCCGGAUCUGCGUGAGCAGUUCCUCUGGCAGCGGCGCCAUGACCCAGAGAUCCCACCACUUCAACACGGUGUCGUUGCUAUAGUGUGGGUGCAGGUCGAAGUGUUGGGUAUAUGUCGCGAUCAGGGCGCGGGUGUAUCGGAGGCAUUCCUCGAGUUGGCCUUGCCAUCGGACUGGAGCCAGCGCGAAGGAGUAGUGGUAUUCCUGUCGCCGAGGGUCGAAGCGUGGGUGCAGAGUCCAGGUGGCGGCGUUCUUAGCGUAGUACGCGUUGUUGGUGUAGCCCAUGCCGGCGGUGGCGGCGGUGGUAGCGGUGAAGCCGGAAGGCGGAGCGGCGGACAUCGUGAGAGAUGGGGGUUGAGGGUUGGUUGGUCUAUGAUAUUCUCUUCUGCUCUGUUGAGGAGGGCUGUGACAAAGAUGGCGCAGUCGCUUGAUAUGUUAGGAGUCACAGAAGUGUCGUGGAGGAGAUGUAGUAUUGUUUCCGUCUUGACGAGGGAUCUGACAUCUGUAAAUAUAUAGCUGAGGUCAUGCUCUGCCCUUCAUGGCAAGGUUGGCGAUCUUCCAAGGAGGGUCGAGGGGAUGCGCCGACCAUCCUGUCGCACAGCUGGUUGAUGGGGUCCGACAA